CCCCAACAGAAUGGACACUGUUAAGCUCUGGUUUACACUGCUUUGUGUUUGUAGCGGUCGGAUUUUAACACUGGCGAUUAGCUGUGAUUGGACAACCCAAUAUGAAAAUGAUGGGAAAUGUUGUCAAGUCUGUCCCUCAGGUAUGUAUCCCAAAAAACACUGUUCAGAGAGCAACAGUGACAGCGUGUGUGAAAAAUGUCCGGAUACUUCGGGUAAACGGGGAUGCUUUUGUGAAAACAAGCGUUGCAGUGAUGAUAAAUGCUCGAAAUGUGUGGCCAUAGAAAAAUGCGAACCUGGCUUUCAACUGUGGAGAGGAGGUAGUUUUGAUUUCACAUACAGAUGUGAGCCAUGUCCAAACGGGACAUACAAUGAUGUUGAGGGUGGAACAUGCAAACCCUUGGCAAAGUGUGAUGGCUUUAAAUUGGGCUUCGCUGGAAACAGAACCCACAAUGCACAAUGUAUAACCCAUGAGUACCCCAACCAUGUUUCAAACAAAGAACCAAGCAGCAACCACUUUUCCAACACUAUGAUGCUAUCUUUAGCAGCCGCCGUCUGUCUGUGCCUGGUGCUUGUCGUAUAUACAGCCUUUCAGCAUUGGAAACACACAAGACACGUAAAGUCAUUUCAAACGUGCACACAUAAGAUGGUUUUGCCACCAGAUGCAUGCAGCUGCAAACUAUCUAAGGAAGAAAUGGGAGACGAAAUUGACUCCAAGGAGACUUCGGAAUCGGAUUUCUCUUUCAAGUGUGAUGGUCACAGCUUUCCCUGAUUCCUUGAAAGUUCUCUGUGGUUUAAAGAACAGCCAAUAAACAAGCUAUUUUAAAGAUGACUUAACUGCAAAACAACAUGUCAAUCAGCUUUAAUUGAUGUAUUAUGAACAACUAAUGAUGCUUUGCAGGUCAUGUGCUGUUGAUGGUCCUACUGACUGUGGAGAAAGGCCACAGUCAGUCUCUGAGGCUGUGUAAUGCAGGCGGAUGUUUACUGUAAAUGUAUUUAAUAGUGUUUCCUUUCUAAAAUACUCAGUUUACAGACUGAGUAAAGGACAGACUUUUAAAGGAGCAGGGAACAGCAGAGAGUAUUUGAAUGAUGCAACCAUGUACAGGUGCAUCUUAGUAAAUCUUAGUCGUAGAAAAGAUUAUUUAUUUCAAUAAUUCAACUCAAAUUGUGAAAUUCUAUGCACACAGACUGAAGUCCUUUAAGCCUUUUUUUUUUAAUUGUGAUGAUUCUGUCAUCCAACCAAUUCACUAGAAUAUGGAGUCAUGCCAAUCCAGCAGGAUUUGGCACCUGCUCACACUGCCAAAAGCACCAAAAGUUGGUUAAAUGACCAUGGUUUUGGUGUGCUUGACGGGUCAGCAAACUCACCAGACCUAAACCCCAUAGAGAAUCUAUGGGAUAUUGUCAAGAGAAAAAUGAGAAACAAGAGACCAAAAAAAGCAGAUGAGCUGAAGGCCACUUUCAAAGAAACCUGGGCUUUCAUACCACCUUAGCAACAGUGCUUCAUCGCCUCCAUGCCAGGUCGAAAUGAGGCAGUGAUUAAAGCAAAAGGAGUCCCUACCAAGUAUGGAGUACAUAGACUGCACAGUAAAUGAACAUAUUUUCCAAAACAAUUAACAAUUUUUUUUAUUGGUCUUAUGAAAUAUUCUAAUUUGUUGAGAUGAAUAAGUGAAUUAGUGGGUUUUUGUUAAACAAAAACAUCACAAUUAAAAGAAAAAAUACUUAAAGUACUUGAGUCUGUGUGCAUUGAAUUUAUUUAAUACACAGGUUUCACAAUUUGAGUCGAAUUACUGAAAUAAAUGAACUUUUCCACGGCAUUCUAAUUUAUUGAGAUGCACCUGUAUAUAUAUAUAUAUAUAUAUAUAUAGAGAGAGAGAGAGAGAGAGAGAGAGAGAGAGAGAGAGAGAGAGAGAGAGAGAGAGAGAGAGACAGAGACAGAGACAGAGACAGAGACAGAGACAGAGAGCGAGAGAGAGAGAGAGAGAGAGAGAGAGAGAAUACAAAUGAAUAGUUCAUCGUUCUUUUGUGGAACUCAAGCAAAAAACUGAAGACUUUACAGUAGAUUGUACAGCAACUUAUUCUUUUUAUACUUUAUAUAACUUAUUCUUUUUAUAAAUUACAAUGAAUGGGUAGCGAAGCUUUAAAGUGUUUUUUUUCCCCAAAAAAUUGUUAGUCAUCAAUAACCAUUUUUAAUUCUUGUCAAAUCUUUUUAAAAACUUUAAAACUUAGUUUAACUCACACGUUGCAUUUUUUUGAAGUUUGCUUUAAACUUUUAAAAUCUUAUAAAAUCGUGAAAAUGAAAUAAAGAAAUAUUGACACAUUGGGAAAAUUCAACUAGGCCUAUUAUUGUGUUACGAAGUUUCAGAAGAGGUAUUUUAUAAUAUAUAUUGUGAAACAAGGUGUUAAUUUUAUUUAAUCACAUUUAUUGUCUUUAAAUAAUUUAGGGUUUUGUUGUAUAGUAUUCUAUAUUUCAUUUUCAUCUUAUCAAUAAAUGUAAAUGUGUAUUACUUU